UGGGUAUGUGUCGUAUAGGGUCAUAAUUCACAGUAAACUAGUUUCACUUGUAGAACCUGUUACCUGGAGUGAAGCCUUUGGGACGACCUAUAACACCCGUGGAACUCCCUUUUAGGAGUGCGUUGAAAACCACUGCCCUAUAGAAUAGCUCAAGCGUGACCCUCUUGUUGCGCAUCCAAGUAUAACGACGACGACGACGAUCACAGCGCGGUCACUGCCGAUCGCCGAUAGUGCCCAUCAUGUCUCUGCCCAUUCCCUCAUCCAGUUCAAGUGCCACCUUUGGCUGAGAAUGUCUUUUUCGUGACUCUUUCAGAGCGCUUCAUCCGGCUCGCUACUGCUGACGGUAGCGAACUUGGAAAACUUUGCCAAAAUCCACAAGAAGCAGGAGUCCAGCUACGGCACCAGCAAGGCCAUGGAGGAGUACCUGUCGUCGACGGUGGGCAUCGUUCCGGCGGCCGCCAUCAUGGACGCCGUGGGCAGCAAGUACAACAGCAAUAUCACAAUGAAGUACGGCGCCCGCGCGGACGAGGCCACCUCAGCAGCGGCAGCGGCAGCUUCCGCGGCCGCGGCCAUCAUCUCCAUCGAGGAGAUCGACUCGGACUCGCCCCAGCAGUCAGCAUCGGAUGAGCAAAAGCAAGCGCAUCGCCACUCGCUGCCAUCGUUCCAUCGAUCAGCGAAAACCAAAGAUCCGGAUUCGGUAUCAAUGGCCAGUUCCACGCAUUUCACCAUGGUCAACGGGGUCGGCGGACCCCAGCGGCUGCCCAAGGGCGGAAUCUGCUCCCGAGGGCACCAGAUCACCAUACUGAUCGUGACGAUGAGCAUCGUCUUCAUGGUUGGAAUCUGCGCGGCGGUGUUCUUCCUUGAGAUGCGUGCCAGAGAAAUGCCCAGAUAGAGUGAACGACGCUCCGAGGAAGAACAACGCCAUUAAAACUAAUCACCGAAACCGGACCAACGCAAAACAAAACGCUAUACCUAUAGAUAGAGAGUAGUAUUCAGGAAUCAUUAGGGCUCCUUAAUCAAAUACAACCACAACCGACACACGUGUAGCCAUAUUUGAAUUUAAAAUUAAGCAAACAAAAAAUCAACGAAGCAUCCAACCUUUGGUCGAAUGUGCGAUGCCUUACCUAGAGUUGUUCUAAGUUAAUAAGCAUUCCUAGUGAAGACAGAAAAAAACUAACAAUCUUCUGAGUCAAUGUGUGGACCUUAGGUUCAAUUAUCACACUAUUUAUUACAACAUCAAUCUGAAAAUGCCGGAAGCUGUGUUACAACAGGGGAUCGUUAAAUGAUUGAUAAAUCAUAUUUUCGUUCUAUGCAUGAUUGUCCUACUAAUCCAACUUUUACAUUUAAAAACAUGAAUUACAAAAAAAUAACGUGGGACCGUUAUGCAUAUAACCUAAAUGUUAGCAUUGUUGAGUCCGGCUUCUAAAAUCUUAGUAACUGUAAUAAGUAGUCACGAAACGCUCAGAUAAAAGAUUUCAUGUUCAUUUGGGAUCUUACAUUCCAAAAGCUGAACCACAAACCCCCAUUGCAUUAAUCGAACUUCAGAAUCAACCCAAAUAAUUACAUUUGUAUACAUUGCCAACCACAAAUAGGUUGACUCGAAAAAAUCCUACCUAUUAGGAAGUAUUAUUAGUUUUUGAAAUCCUAUUGGGUGUUCCGGAGUUCUGGUAUCCAGUAGCCCAAAUCCUUUCACUUUGAACUUCAGUUACAUGUCUUGUCUAUGAAUAGAAUACCUUCCUACUUGGAAUUAACUGACUACAUGCUGUCCUUUGUUCUUUCCUCAAACGUCAUACGCUAUUACAUUAUUAUUUUCUGUGAUAUUUAUUAACUUAUUUAAAUUAUCAACACAAGCAACUGUGUAAAUAAAUAAAAUGAAAAAAGUUACGGUUUAAUUUAUUCAAUUGAAAGAAACGCCACCGUGUCAAAAAAAUUGCUGAGAUGUUAGAUCAAUAUACAGUAUAUUGUAAUAGUAUAGUUUACGCAACAAGGUGCAGAAUAAAGAUUUUUACAGCACGAGUCGCACAUUUAUCCAACGAGGCUUGCCGAGUACUGAGUUGCGUACAACGUUUUUUGUAAUUUCAUAAUUCAUCACUUGAGGAUAGUUUUUAACAAAACGUUUUCAUCAAACUACACACUGAUGUUCAUAGCCAUGUUUGAGAAAGUCUGAUCAUAGCAGGUAAUACUGUGCAGUUGUCACAAUUUUUCAAAUCUGCGUCCAGAAAGCAUCAAGAAGUUGAUCAAAACAGAAAACAGUGCUGUAAUGGUUCAUUACGCUACGCAAAUCAGUGCUGUAAUGAACCAUUACAGCACUGCUAAUUUGGUGUGGGAAAAUAGGCCUUUUCCUGUCAGAUUUGCGUGAGGUAAAACAGCCUAUUACGAUGAGAAAUUGCAAAAUAGUAGUUUACGCAACAAGGUGCAGAACUUGGUGCAGAAUGAGGAUUUUUACAGCACGAGUCGAGGCUUGCCGAGUUGGGUAAUUACGGCGAGUGCUGUAAAAAUCGAGUUCUGCACCGAGUUGCGUACAACGUUUUUUGCAAGUUCAUAAAUUACCGCUUGAGGAUAGUUUUUACCAAACUGCACACUGAUGCUCAUAGCCAUGUUUGAGAAAAUCUGAUCAUAGCAGGUUAUACUGUGCAGUUGUCACAAUUUUUCAAAACUGUGUCCAGAAAGCAUCAAGAAGUUGAUCUAAACUGAAAAGCGUGCUGUAAUCAUUACGCUACGCAAAUCAGUGCUGUAAUGAACCAUUACAGUACUGUUAAUUUGGUGUGGGAAAGUAGGCCUUUUCCUUUCAGAUUAGCGUGAGGUAAAACAGUCUAUUACGAUGGGAAAUUGAAAAAAAAAUGUUAACGACAAGUGUAUGCACCUGAAGUCGCUACGAAAAAUACGAGUUUUUUUGACAAGUUGCCUUUUUUAACAAUAAUAAACAUGGGCACCGCGGACCGAUUUAUUUUCAAAAAGUGCACUGCGAUUCAAAAGGUUUGAAAACCCCUGGGAUUUUUUAAAUAAAUCUCAAUUCUGUGGAAACUAACAAUAUGUUAAAUGAAAAUUUUCAAUCUAAAAUAUUUUGUAGAAAAAAUGCAAAAAUGGUUUUCAGAACUGGAAUCAUCAUAUUUUAUUAGGAUCAAAUGAACUUUACAAGGUUGUUCUACGAAACGUGAAAACAAAUAUUAAAAAAAACGAUUUAAUCCACCUAUGGUGAACAGAACCCUUCUUACACUUAUUAAAACUAUUGUUGUAUUAUUUGUAUUUAACAUAUUUAUUUUGUGUGAUGGGCCAAAAGUUCUAGAAAAUAUUGUGGAUUUGGCAUCUAGUGGAUUGGUUUCCAAAAUAGCAUCAUGGACCAUGGACUAAACUACCAGAAAUGCCAGAUACCUUCUAGAAUCUUGUGUGAAAUUUAAAAAAAAAUAGCUUACAUAUUCUGGAAUAUUGUAUCUUUUGUUAACCGCCAAAAGAUCUUGAAUCGGUUAACAAAUAGAUAAGAAAAUCAGCGAGAUACACUUUGUCUAAUAUCUCUUAAUCAGUCGAAUAAAUUAGCUCCGAAGUACUUGGUAUUCAUGGUUAUGGUGUAAGAAGGACAAAAAUAAUAUACCUACUAUGCUAAUCAGUUUUGGAAUAAGCUAGUUAUUUUGCUGUCCAGUUCUUGCAUUUUUCCCAAAAUACAUAAAUUCAAAGCUUUCAUUUAACAUAUUGUUAGUUUUCAUAGAAUUCCUGUUUAUUUGUAAUUUGUUGUUUAUAAUUUUAUUGAAAACAAUAACCUGCUAGUAUACACUUUAUAUGAGGUCAGCAUUAUUGAUUGAACAAUAAUUUCCCAUUAGACUAGUCAAAAGCUCAUGCAAGAUAACAAACGAAUAUAAUAAAAAAAGGAAUUUAUUGAAAUACUCUUCGAAAGAUAUCUCAGUAACCAAAUGUCCAAUCGAAAUAAAAUUUCAGGGCCUUUUACAGGGAUACUGUAGCUUUCAUUUGGUGCUAAGGUAACCCAAAUCGGUUGACAUACGGCUGAGAUAUUUAUUAUGAUACACUUGGUCAAAAAUCUCUCAAAAGGUUAACCUGUAUUACUCCCAAGUACUCUUUGAAAGAUAUCUCGAUAACCAAAUGUCCAAUCCUAAUAAAAUUUUGAGCAAUCUACUAGGAUGUUGUAGCUUUCAUUUGCUGCAAAGAGAACUCAAAUCGGUUGCCAGACAGCUGAGAUAUUCAUCAAUAUGCAAAAUGUCAAAAAUCUCUCAAAAGGAUAACCUUUAUUACUUUAAAGUACUCUUUGAAAGAUAUCUCGGUAACCAAAUGUCCGAUCGUAAUAAAAUUCAAUAGGGUUCUAUUAGGAUGUUGUAGCUUUCAUUUGCAACUAAGAGAAUCCAAAUUGGAUAUCAGACGGCUAAGAAACGUGCGUGACUUUUUGUAACAUACGCACACACACACACAGACAUUUGCUCAGUUCGUCGAGCUGAGUUGAUUGGUAUAUGAGACUCGGCCCUGCGGGGCUCGGACCAAAAAUUGUUUUUUCGAGCGGUAUUUAUACCCUUCUUAUGGGUGUAAGAAGGGUAAAAAUAAGUCAUUUUCAUAUAGGAGGAGCUGUAGAAGAUGACAUUGUAAAAUGAUUAGUUUAGAUUUUUUGACAUUUUUCUUUUUUAAUUUCGAAGCUUUUCCAUACUAGCGCAAGUUGCGCACCUUGAUCAUAGAGCAGUGCUUCCUAAACUCUGCGCCGCGAACCUUUCCCAGGUGCGCCGCAGGCUUUUGUGUUGUGAUGAAACAAAAAGAACACUCUUUAUUUAUGUUGCGGAACAUCUUUAAUUUUCUCUUGUUUAGUAAAACUAGUGUCGCUUCACAUUUUUUUUUUAAUCUUUCCCAGAGUCUUCGAUUGUUCCAUAGGAUUUCUAGUAUCCUUUUUAAACAUAUCAAUUGAAACCAAAUUUUGAAUUUAAAUUGUUGAAAUUGUUUUUGGACCUUUUCAGCUUUAGCUUAGCUUUUGAUUUUACUAUAUUGUCCAAAGUUUAAAUUUCAAUAAUCUUAUUUGCAUUGUUUUCAGAAUUACUUACAAGGUCUUCAGAACUGCUUAGCGGCAGGCAAGUUUGCCGUUCUGACAGUGUAAAGAGCUAGCUUUAACCUCUUUGGACCGGACUGUUUCAUCAGUAUUGUCACAACCUCGCUGAAGUUGAACAAGUUUGUUAUUCUCGGUUUCAUCACCGAAGUUAUAUAUGGUUACUCCAGUCCCAAAGGGUUGAGUUGAAAUUUAUAAAAAAUAAAAAGUUCAAUCAAAAGCCCACUUGGCAGGUUCAUGCGUCUUUGUUUGUCGAAAUUUUUCAUAAUAAAUAAAAGUGUUUGAAAGUGCUGCUUUGCAAUUUCCGCAAAAAAAAUGAAACAGGUCAAGUUCUAUGAAGUCAUUUUAAUUCAAUUAAAAUUCUUUAAUCAUUGCAAACGCUGUUAUACCUGAACAUUUGAUUUUAUUUUUCUUAUUUAUAAAGCUUAUAUAAAAUUUUAAAGAUGAAAUUCUAAAAAAACAUGAUAUAAGAAGUGUUUUACGAUUUUGUCUUUGACAUUUUAAAGUAAAAGUUGUUCAAAAUUAAAUUAAAAAAACUGUUAAAAACUUUGGUGCGCCGCGACAUUUUUGGAAAUUUCAAAGUGCGUCGCGAUAGCAAAAAGUUUGGGAACCUCUGUCAUAGAGAACAGACAUUUAAGCUCGAGCAAAAAUAAGUUGGACUCGAGUGUAAAGGAUUUGAGCACAGACAAACAGACGUAACUCUUUAAGGAAAUUCAUCAAAAACUUUUGCUCGGUGUCUUUUUUAUGAGCACACUGCCACCUGUUGGUAUAACCGCGCGAGACACUGUCGGCCAUGAUGGAUUUCGAUUUGACGUUUGCUAACAUGCACACUAUGUACAGUCGACUCUCCACAUGUCGAUGUUCUACAUCUCGAUAUCUCUCCCUAUCUCGAUGGUUUUGUCGGUCCCUUCAAUCUGCAUACAUUUUACCCUUCUACAUGUCGAUAUCUCCUUAUCUCGAUAUCUCUCUAUCUCGAUGCGAUCUUGUUCGUUUUUGUUCUAGAUUUUCUUUCCAUAUGUCGAUAUGCUCGUUUUUACAGGUUACUAGAUCUUUUUUCUAGGUGCAAAACAUUCUGGGAAGGCGAAGUGACAUCUGUUUGUUGACGGUUUUUCCUAGUAAAGGGCGAUUUUUCAAUCUAGUGUGCAUUACAAAUUAGUUCUUGAGUUCGAUCUCUCCCUAUCUCGAUGGUCCCUUCAAUAUCGAGAUGUAGAGAGUCAACUGUACUACACAAAUCACCUGUGAUUUUCGUUUGCAUCAUUCAGCAACGUGUACACUAGGCCUGUCCAGCUUUUCAAAAAUGUUCUCUGAUUCUCAAGUCCACCCCCAUAUUUUGAUUGGCAUGCUAAAAGAAGUAACUGGUCAAAAUUUCAGCCAAAUCCAUUGAAAUUAAGAGGUGCAUCAAAUCAAUUUUGUGUUUUUCGACUAUUUUUGAACUUCAAAAAAUCAUAACUACACUAAAACUUGUCAAAACUUAAUUCUUUCGGCAGAAAUUGAAAGCUAUACUUGUUUGCUACAACUUCUCCGAACAUCAUGUGCCAAUAAAGUUGAAGGAAACAUGUGUAAUUAUCACAUUUGUGAUCAGAAAAACCUUAAAAAGUUGAUUUUUUGAUAGAUUUCGUUCUGGAACACCCUUAUAUACGUAAUAAGUUUGAUAUUUUAAAACGGCAUCAUAUUCUCUCAUGUUUUUUGGUUAUUUGUUUCUUUGACACCAAUGCUGUAGGAGUUGAACAAAAAAUAUUAAAAUUCGGGAAAGCCAAAUGUGGCCUAAAAACUAGCUUUUUGGGGACAAUCACGCUGUGGCGCGAAAUUGUACUGAACGUAGUAGCUUUGCUUCCUAGUAGUUUGCCUUGGCUACCCCCUAUCACGGGUGAUAACAAACAAGCGUGAUGACAGGUGUUGGCUAUCAUAUCAGUGCUGACGCGAUGCCACUUUUUGCGCGCCAAAGCGUGAUUGCAUCCGAAAAGCUACUUUUUAGGCCACAUUUGGCUUUCACGAAUUUUAGUAAUUUUUGCUCAACUCCUACAGCAUUGGUGUCAAAGAAGCAAAUAACCAACAAACAUUGGAGAAUAUGAUGCCGUUUUGAAAAAUCCAACUUAUUACGUAUAUAAGGGUGUUCCAGAACAAAAUCUAUCAAAAAAUCAACUUUUUAAGGUUUUUCUGAUUACAAAUGUGAUAAUUACACAUGUUUCCUUCAACUUUAUUGGCACAUGAUGUUCGGAGAAGUUGUAGCAAACAAGUAUAGCUUUCAAUUUCUGCCGAAAGAAUUAAGUUUUGACAAGUUUUAGUGUAGUUAUGAUUUUUUGAAGUUCAAAAAUAGUCGAAAAACACAAAAUUGAUUUGAUGCACCUCUUAAUUUCAAUGGAUUUGGCUGAAAUUUUGACCAGUUACUUCUUUUAGGAUGCCAAUCAAAAUAUGGGGGUGGACUUGAGAAUCAGAGAACAUUUUUGAAAAGCUGGACAGGCCUAGUGUACACUGGCGAACGUCAAAGCGAUCGAACACUAGCGCCUCUGGUGGAAGGAUAGCUCUCUCUCUCUUCUUGGCGUAACGUCCUCACUGGGACAAAGCCUGCUUCUCAGCUUAGUGUUCUAUGAGCACUUCCACAGUUAUUAACUGAGAGCUUCCUCUGCCAAUGACCAUUUUGCAUGUGUAUAUCGUGUGGCAGGCACGAAGAUACUCUAUGCGCAAGGAAGCCAAGGAAAUUUCCUUUACGAAAAGAUCCUGGACCGACCGGGAAUCGAAGCCGUCACCCUCAGCAUGGUCAUGCUGAAUACCCGUGCGUUUACCGCCUCGGCUAUAUGGGCCCUGUGGAAGGAUCGCACAAAUCAAUUGAAAUUUGAAUUGAUCGUUAAAUGCAUGUGUCAAGCCGUUUUGAAGAGUGUUACAUCUGUUUGUCUGUGAUUUAAGUGUACCUCCAACGCCACCAACGGGGACUGCCCGACAUAUGAACUCGAUUUGACCACACGAUGACAGUGUUCAUCGUGAAAACAUACUAGCCCACCACAAAGCGACAAAGCGCUCAAAUUCCAAAAAACGAUAAACACAGGAAACAAAAAUGACAACAUGACCAUGUAAGUGAUGGGAUGCUAGCGCCACACAACGGCAUACACUGAUAUGACCGUUACAAAGUUUUAAACAUGGCAGAAAUCACAGACAGACGUCUGUUAUCUGUGCUUUGACCUCCAUGCCUACUUUUAUCGAAUAAUGCGACUGUUAUGCAGUUAUAAGCAGAGUAAAUGAUAGAAUGUUUCUGGCUCGCUUUCAAUCUUGUUUUCCAUUUCCCCGAAUGCGCUUAUUAUUAUUUUUUUUGAUUAGGUGUAACCGUUUAGUUACAAUUAUCUCAAUAUUAUUUUUAAUUUGUGCAUUUGUUCAGAAACUGUAGUGUUUUUAUAGAUUGUGUUUCAUGUUGAGUUUGUAAGAUUGGAUAGAUAUUGUAUAGUUUGUGUUAAAUGUAUUAGAUCAACGGGCUUAAAAGGGCAGAAUAAAUCAACUGUGGUAAUAAGGAAAAAGGAUUGAAAAUGGAUGGGUGGUGAUAUUCAACAAGGAAGGAAAAUGAAGGGAGGAUGGAACAAAUGGAAAAUGAAUGGAUUGGUUAGAUAGAAUUUUGGGGAGUCGGCCAUUGAUCAAUAGUAAUUCGGCGUCCGUGCAAGACAGUUGAGCCAAGUGAUUGAAGUGCCUACAGUGCCCAAAGUUCCGUGUGUGUCCCUGAACCACAGUGCGAGGCCAAUAGCACUAGUUUACAGCAUUUUUGAACUCGGUAAGCUGAUGAUCAUUUUUGGUGUAGAAUCAUGCCCUGACUUCGAAAACACGAAAGAAAAAAAUUACAGUAGAGCGGAAAUUUUUUCGACUUUCCAUACAAGGUUGAUGAUUUGAAAUCGAUUUUUGUUCUAUUUUUAAGCAAAGUCGCUCACUUCAAACAUUUCGUUCUUCGUUAUCAAUGCUCCGAUUGAGCUGAAAUUUUUACUGUAACUCGCCUACAUAUGAUAUGUCAAAUAAACGUCGAGAGAUAAUUUUUAAGUUGGUUUUUUCUUAUUGAAAAAAAUACAUUUCUUCAAAAAAAUUUGGGAAUUUUGCUAAAAUUUAAGAAGAUCGUCCCUAAAACUCGCCAAUAUCUUGAAUUUCAUCAAUCUGACGCAAAACCUGUAUUCAGAUGAUCGAAUGGUAUUGGAUUCAGCUUUCAAUUUAUGGAAAAAGAUUUGAAAUUGGUUGAACAAAACGCAAUAUAUUUGAAUUUUAGUAAAUUGCAUAUUUUGAAUAGUUGCAAAUCUCGAUAUUAAGCUAAAACUCAAAAACUGUUCUACUUAAAAUUUUUUGAAGGUCGGUUUCGAAAUCAGCACUAAAUUGUGCUUCAAAAACUUUGGUCGUUGACAGAAGUUCACGACUUUCGUUUUAUUUUGUAAACUUGUGUAGUUCAGCCAGGUAACAGAUUUUGGAUGCCAUUUUGGAAGGCCGUUAGUUAAACAUGCCUUGGUCCUCAGGACCUUUGUUUGGAUUCUAUAAUCCUUAGAUUGCCCAAGCCAACUGUGCACGUUCGGCCAAACCAACGAUUUCGUUGGUAUUGGUCUAACCGUCAAGGACCCCCUCUCAGGCUCCGUAACCGCCGUAUUGAGAGAAAUCUCGGACCGUGAAGUCCUAAAAGUCCAGGAGAAGCCUUCUCGGCGUGGCCAAUACGGUCUCGUCCGUGGCCCGUCGAUUGCGUCAACGAAGGGAACGUCGUAGACCCCGAGGCUACCUCUGUAGCCAUCCGCCAUUGCCUUUGACCCAAUCAAGAGGCGCCGCCGCCAUUCAGGUGCGCGAAGACCAAGCCACCAAGUCGCCAUCUUCCGACUCACCACCGCCGAAGCAAACCUCACCUGCAGCAGCGAGCGCUCGCCAACGUCCAGCAACGCCCCGGUACGUACCAGAACAACUAUCCUGACCACAAACUAGCCCAUAUUAGUAGCAAUAGCCCAAUAAAGUUCAAACACCCAACCUCAAUAUUAAAUUCAAUAAAUCCCACAUAGACUUUGUAAAACACUCUUUCAAUCCACCAAUCAUUAAGAAUUCCACAGUUUCAGCACCCGUUGUUCCGCGUAGCCCCUCCGAAUUACCCAGUAGCAUGCCGACCCUGUAGACCCAGCUCUAGGGGUCUCAUGCUGCUGAGCUAGUUAUCCGGGAGUCUUGGUUUAGCCACUGGGUCGAUUGAGCAAUUUGUAAGUCUCAGUGAGUCUCAUAGGGGUGGUGGCGGUAAAGGGGGACAGGUGGGGUAAAAUGGACAGGGUACAGUUUCAUGGCUUUUAUUGUUUAUUCAAAUGUUUUAACGAUUGUAGCUUUUGCCUAAGCAUGAAUCAUUAUAUUGAACAUUAAAAUCAAAUAAACCUCUUCAAGAUGACAAAAACUUUCAAAAUCACGCGGAAAAUCGGAAAUAAUGUAAAAUCUGCUUAUAACUGCUUAAGUUUUCUCGUAAGUUAUUUUCAAAUUAUUACAAGUUUUACACCCUAAACCUCCCUAAACCAAUAAAGUCCACGUAAAAGAAUAUAUUUGACCGAAAAAAAAUUUAAGUUUUGUAAAAAAAAAAAAUUGGAAAUAAUUUUAACAAAAUCAGACCGUGGGGGUUAAAUGGACAAUCGGUUCAAAUUUCCCAUAGUUUUUUUACACUAUUUUUACAAUAAUUAUUUAAGAGUGUUUCAAAGUUUGUAUUAAAAGUUUGAAAACAACAAAAUAAAGGUAUCGUAUUAAAUUUGACAGUUUGUAUUUAAAAACAUAGAAACAAAAUGCUGUUAUAUAACUUUUAACGACUUGUCCAUUCUACCCCCAC